AUGGCCGCUGUGGAGGUGCUUCUCGCCGUCUUGAUGCUAGUCAUUAUCGUAGUGUCGUUGCUGUCCAACGCCGUGGUCCUGAUCUGCUUUCUGUACAACCCACAGAUCAGGAAGCAGGUGCCCUGUGUGUUCACCCUCAACCUCACUUUUUGUAACUUGUUGCUGACCGUUUCCAACAUGCCUCUAACUCUGGUGGGUCUCGUCAACGAGGGGCAGCCCGGAAGUGACGCUUUCUGUCAGUUGGUCGGCUUCUCGGAGACGUUUUUAACCACUAAUUCGAUGUUGAGCAUGGCCGCUCUGAGCAUCGACAGGUGGAUCGCUGUCGUGUUCCCGUUGAGGUACCAUUCUAGAAUACGACAUAGAGAUGCCGCUCUCGUGCUCGGAUACACGUGGAUACAUUCUAUGUCUUUUUCGACGGCGGCUGCUUGCCUCUCGUGGGUGGGAUACCGUCCCCUUUACGCGUCGUGCACGCUCUCCGACGUGACGGACAACAGUCAGACUCCGUUUGUUGUCUUUACUGUGGUGUUUCACUCCCUCACCUUUCUCCUGUCCUUUCUAGUCCUGUGCGUCACAUACCUGAAAGUGCUGAAGGUGGCAAGGUUCCACUGUAGACGGAUAGACGUUAUCACAAUGCAAACUUUAGUGCUGCUUGUGGAUAUUCACCCAAGUGUUCGAGAGCGUUGUCUGGAGGAGCAGAAGAGGAGGAGACAGAGAGCAACCAGGAAGAUCAGUACCUUCAUCGGCACGUUCAUGGUCUGCUUUGCUCCCUACGUCAUCACCAGGAUAGUGGAGUUAUUUCCGUCCGUGCCUAUCGACCACCGCUGGGGACUGGUCUCCAAGUGCCUGGCCUACAGCAAGGCGGCCUGCGACCCCUUUGUCUACUCCCUGCUCCGUAACCAGUACAAGAAGACGUGUGGUGACAUCAUCAACAGGCUGCUGAAGCCCAGCUCUAUGAAUACAUCUGGACCAGGUCACCACGACAACCAUGAGACUAGGGGGAGGAACAACACAGUCCAGACUGCAGCAGACUGA